AUAGAGGGAUUAUUUGGUUAAAAAUACAUUUCUAUGCACUACUGUGAUUGUAGACAGCAGCGUGUGAACAGGACUUUUAUUUUGGUAUGGCGACAUGAUGUCAUAAGGCUGCGCCGCGCUCCUGCUCGUGUUGUGAUUCGGCUAAAGAAAGGACAAACACACAGAAAAACUCCUGGUGAAGCGACUGAGAUCUUUGUGACACACUAUUAUAAAGAUGGCAUUUAUUAAAGAGGAGAGUGAAGACGUGAAGAUUGAAGAAACAUUCAGAAUUAAACAAGAAGAUACUGAGGAACAAACAAAGAUGGAGUGUAUUAAAGAGGAGAGUGAAGACGUGAAGAUUGAAGAAACAUUCGGAGUGAAACAUGAAGAGACUGAGGAACAAACAGACCUGAUGGCACUGAAAGAGGAGACUGAAGUACUGAAUGAAACGGAAGAGAAAGAUCCAUAUAAUAAUCAUCAUGAUUUCAUAACAGAAGAAAAACAGACUGAAAAGUCUUUCUCGCAAAAAGGAGCUCAAAAGAAUGAGUCUAGGAGUCACUUCACCUGCCAACAGUGUGGGACGAGUUUCAAUAAAAAAGGAAACCUUAACAGGCACAUGAAAGUUCACACUGGAGAGAAACCUUACAGAUGCGCUAAGUGUGGAAAGAGUUUCAAUCAAAAAAGAUACUUUGAAGACCACAUAAGGAUUCACACUGGAGAGAAGCCUUUUACUUGCAAACAAUGUGGAAAAAGUUUUAACCAAAAGGGAAACCUUAAUAACCACAUGAGAGUUCACACUGAAGAGAAGCCGUACAUCUGCCCUCAAUGUGGAAUAAGUUUCACUCAGAAAGAUAGCUUUAACAGUCAUGUGAAAAUUCACACUGGAGAGAAGUCUUACACGUGCCCUCAGUGUGGAAAGAGUUUCAAUCAACAAGGAAAACUUACAAUCCACUUGAGAAUUCACACUGGAGAGAAACCUUACACCUGCAAACAAUGUGGAAAAAGUUUCAACCGAAAAGGAAUCCUUCAAAGGCACAUGAGAAUUCACACUGGAGAGAAGCCGUUUACAUGCUUUCAAUGUGGAAAGAGUUUCACUCAAAUAGGACACUUUGUAGACCACAUAAGAAUUCACACUGGAGAGAAGUCUUUCAGCUACAAACAAUGUGGAAAAAGUUUCAACCUUAAAGGAAACCUUGACAGGCACAUGAGAGUUCACACUGGAGAGAAGCCGUUUAAAUGUGGUCACUGCGAAAAGACUUUCAGAUAUAAUGUAACCCUCGAGUACCACAUGAGGUUUCAUGUAUGAAAGAACUCAAGUCUUCAGUGUGGAAUGAGCUUCACGGACAGGAAUCACCUUAGGAAUCAUGUAAUAACUCACACCAGAAAUAAAGCAAAUCUUGUGGUACACAUAAGCAUCCGGAUGGACUUUUCUUUCUUUGUUAAAAUACCUGAGAAGUGGACUUGGUGAACAUCCCUAGUGCCAUGAGGAGCUGUGGGUAUUAAUUUUAACAUUAGCAUUAAAUUUCAUUGUCAAUGACAUUGUGAAGUGGAGUGGUAAUUACCCGGACUUAUUCAUAAAUUGCUAAAAUAGAACUCAUUAAUUGUAAGUAGUGUUUAAUUUACUCUUACUACAUAUUGAUACACAGUUUACCAUUUGAUGAAAAUAUCAUAGUUGUUUAGUUGUUUAAAUGAAGCACAAGUGCCACCUACAGGCUAAAAGGUGACGUGAAAGGAUUCAGAGCGAUGAUUAAAACAUUGAUGGGGUAGAUCAAGUCCAUCAACACUCCCAAAGCUUGCACAGUCUUAUACGUCUUUGUGGGUACGGCGUUUCAUUCGGUAAUGUUAAAAAGCUUUAUACUAUGGGGCAGUUGAUUGGUUUACGAAUGUUCUAAGGUGUGCAAUUAUUUUCAGUAUAAAGUAGAUCUAGGCAGGUCUUGACAGCAUUAGUUUCAUAUCACUUCGCCAAAUGAUUUCAGUUAUUUCAAAGGUCUUUACAGCCUACAGCAGCAAAAGAAUCAAAACCCACUAUGACACUGACCAAUCAAAUAAAUAUAUUAAACAACAGGAUAAAUAUGACAGACUGUUACAAGAAGUAAUUUAUUUGUUCAUUGAAAGUCAUUGAUAAAAUUUCUUGUGAAGUAAAGAUUUACCUAUAAAAAUGAACUAUCCUGUCAAUGAGUGGAAAAAGGGCCGCUAUACUUACAGUCUGGAGGGCAAUGAGGUUUUCACUGAAACAUUGAAUCUUUUUGUCAACUGUCCCCUCUGUGUCUUGAAUGAAACACAAUGGACCUGAAUACCAAGUUGGAGUUUGUUUGUUCUGCUGUUGAAAAUGAAAUGCCUGUUUUUAAUAAGAUAGUUAAUAUUAUUUUGAAGGAUGAGCAAGCAUUCCUUUUGACUAGUAAGAUUACUAUAAUGCAUUUUGAUGAGCAUGUGAAUGCAGUCUGUACUGAGGAGGUGGAUGAUGUUUUUACUGCUACUUGUGUAGCUGAUUUGAGUCCCAAAUUUGAUGACUUGCGACUCGACUCAACAUAAUCAAGGAAGACUUGUGACUCGACUUAGACUUUGACAACAAUGACUCAGGCUUGAACCCUCUGACUUUAAAAGUCUGUAUGGCCUACCUUCUAAAAACUGAUCACUUUCACGCUUUGGCUGGCACUGAGCCUGAAAGAGACUCACUUGUCAUAUAUCACAACUGUUCUGUUUUGUCAACCACAUAAGGUUUGCUAGUACUUCUAUAAUAAAAAAAAACACUGAUGUGCAACAUUAAUAAACAUCAAACAUAAUUUAAA